CAUCGCCCGUCGCGUCCAGUGUGCAGCGACCAUUAUAUUUCUGUGGUCUCGUACGGCGAAGAAAGGUUAACUUCCUUUCAUUCGGUACAAGAUUCUGUGAGCUUGAAUCACCAAAAUGGUGAAAAUUAUGAAGAUUGGGAAAGUCGUGCUGGUCCUCAGUGGCCGGUACGCAGGGAGGAAGGCCAUCGUUAUGCGCACCUACGACGAUGGAACGACCGAGAAACAGUAUGGACAUGCCAUGGUUGCAGGUAUCGACCGGUACCCGCGUAAGGUUCAUAAAAGAAUGGGAAAGGGAAAAUUACACAAGCGUUCAAAGAUCAAGCCAUUUGUUAAGGUUUUAAAUUACAACCACUUGAUGCCGACCAGAUACACAGUUGAUUUACAGUUGGACAAAGUGGCACCCAAGGAUCUGAAAGAUCCGAUGAAGCGCAAGAAGGUUAGAUUUCAGACGCGCGUCAAAUUUGAAGAGAGGUAUAAGAACGGUAAAAACAAGUGGUUCUUCCAGAAAUUAAGAUUUUAA